UGAGGGCGUCCUGCGCAGGCGCGCGGGGCGGGGCGCUCGAGGUGCGCAUGCGUCGCGCAGGAAACGUCCCGACGCGCUCCGUGGGCGCCCGGCUGUGCGCGCGGGAAGAUGGCUGAGCAGGUGCCCAAGUCUGUGCUGUUCGUGUGUCUCGGUAACAUCUGUCGGUCACCCAUUGCAGAAGCCGUUUUCAGAAAACUCGUCACCGAUCAAAAGCUUUCAGAUAACUGGGUCAUUGACAGUGGCGCUGUUUCUGACUGGAACGUGGGCCGGUCACCAGAUCCGAGAGCUCUGUGCUGCCUCAGAAAUCAUGGCAUUAACACAGCCCAUAAAGCACGACAGGUUACCAAGGAAGACUUUGCCACAUUUGAUUAUAUACUGUGUAUGGAUGAAAGCAAUCUGAGAGAUUUGACUAGAAAAAGUAAUCAGAUUAAAAACUGCAGAGCUAAAAUCGAACUCCUUGGGAGCUACGACCCGCAGAACCAGCUCAUCAUCGAGGACCCGUACUACGGCAACGAGUCGGACUUCGAGGCCGUGUACCAGCAGUGUGCCAGGUGCUGCCGGGCCUUCCUGGAGAAGGUGCGCUGACGCCGCGGGCCUGCGCUUCCUGGGGCCCCACACGCAAUAAAGGGGUUUCCUCCAC